AGCGAGGAGUGUACGUUUGGUUUCUAGUGUUCGUUUAUUAUUUUAAAUAUUAUCUACUGAUAUCGCGAUAAUAAUAACAAUAUUUGUGAGCAGUGACUGUGUUUGAGUGCGCGUAUUAAUUUCUAUUUGACAAUAAUUUUUUUCUCUUCCCCCGUUUGGGAAAAUCAUUAACGCGGUGAAGAUAGUUAACGGCUGAGAUUUCUUAAGAGCAAUGGAGAGAGCGAUAACACCAGAGAGCAAGCGCCGCGUUCGCGCAACCCUGGACGAGAUCUCCGCACGCCUGGAUCGCCUCCAUUCUGAGGUCUUAGUGCCGCUCUUGAAUGCGAGGGAUCGCAGGUCAACUUCCACGCCCAGCCAUCAGAGCCGGGCCUCCUCGCCCCGCAAUGAAACAGUUAACCAGCAGAGAGGUCGUGAAUGUCUUCAUAUCUCGAGGUCGCCGGAAAAUGAAUUAACAAGAAAUUCCACGACUGUCGACGACGUUGAAAUAUUUGGGUGGACCUCACCUCUUCCACCGCCGUCAACAAACUCGGUCUGCUUUUCUCCGCCCACUUCAACAGCCACUUCAGAAUCUAGCCCACGGAAACGCGUGCGCUCUGAAUCUAUUGAUUCAGACUGGACAUCAGAGGGGACAGACUUCAGUGAUACUAGUGAAUCGCAAGAUAUUAGCACAAAUUGGCAAAUUGACUCAACACCGCCAAAUAAAAAACCAAGACUGGAGAAAGCAAUAAAAUAUAAUGGACCUUUAGAUGUUGCCCUGAAAGAUUUGAGGCCGAAUCAACUGAUUGAUAUAAUUAAAUCUGUCAUGGACAAACAUCCAGACAUCGAGGACGAGGUCAGAACAAAUAUGCCGGCCCCAGACUUGUUGCCGCUCGAGGAAAGGUUUUUCCAUUUAAGAUGGAAUAUUGUGAAAUUGUUGUCAACACCGGGAAUGAAUUUUGAAUACGGUUCGCUGGCUUACUUUUACGCACGUAGCCACUUAGAAGCUUUCAACAAGUAUUUAGUGGAACAGGGGAAAGUCCUGUUGGAUUCUCAACAAUGGAAGUCUGUUAUUGAAUAUGUGUUGUUAGCCUGGAAAUAUGUUAGAGCUAUAUCUAUAUGUGAUCGUCACAUACAUAUUCCCUACAGAGCGCUGUGCUUCGAAAGGCUGUCUGCUUUUUGCAUGACGGCUCUCGAAAAAGGAUAUUUUGAUAGGGAUCUAUUGAUUGAUACUCAAUAUGAGCUACAACGCAUGAUUGUUGAUUGUGAAGACAUCGAAUCAUGUAUAGAGAAAAUUGAAGAAGAACUCUCGUAUUUGUGA